AUGAGGACCAUACAGGGAAACUGGCAUCAAGAAUACGGCAAACUUAAGGCCAAGAUUGAGGUUUUAAGUAAAAGUCAAAGGCAUCUAAUGGGGGAGCAACUCGAUUCCUUGAGCCACAAAGAACUCCAACAGCUAGAAAAUCAGCUAGACAAUUCUUUGAAACAUAUCCGGUCAAGAAAGAACCAAGUGGUGUUUGACUCUAUCACUGAGCUUCAGAGGAAGGAAAAGGCACUACAGGAGCAAAAUAAGAGUUUGGAGAAGCAAAUCCUAGAGAAGCAGAAGGCCAAGGCUCUCACCCAACAGCCGCACUGGGAACAAGCCCAAACAAGUUCCUCCUCUCCACCCUUUUUGUUGGCUGAUGCUGACCAUACCUUGAAUAUUGGGUGCUACCAAGGAAGGGCAACUAUAGGAGGGGAGGCAGAAGCUGCAGAGGUCCAGGCUCGGAUCAAUGGCAGCAUAUUGCCUCCCUGGAUGCUCAACCAUUUGAAUGGCUAG